AGGAGGAGGAGGAGGAAGAGGACGAGGCGAAGCAGCGGCGCAGAGGAGGAGGAGGAGGAGGAGGAAGGGCGAGCCGCCCCCCCCCCAGAGCCGCAGGGACGGCGACAGGAGGGGACCCCCCCGGCAGGACCAGGAGGAGGAAGAAGAGGAGGAGGAGGAGGAGGAAGAAGAGGAAGAGGAGGACGAGGCCGAAGCCGCCAGCGAAGCCUCCUCCAAGUUCUCGCUGUACGAGGAGGGGCGGGGGCAGCGCCUCCAGCAGCUCCUCAUCGCCCCCCCCCAUCCUCCUCCUCCUCAUCGUCGUCGUCCUCCUCGUCUUCCUCCUCCUCCUCCGAGGACGAGGCCGAGGAGCCCCCGGAGCCCCCCCGGCCGCCCUCGCCCAAACCGGCCCCCCCCCCCCCGCCGCCGCGCCCCCUCCGCCUGGGGGCCACCUCGCUGCUGGAGCUGGCCCGCGGCGCGCACGGCGCCCCCCACGGGCGCCCCCCGGGCGGGGGGGACCUGGCGGUGCUGGCGGCCAUCGCCCUCACGCGCGGCGGCGGCAGCGACGCCGACAGCGACGACGCCGACGACGACUCCGAGGACGGCGACGACGCCGACGACGACGACGGCGGCCCCCCGCCCCCGCCGGCGCCCCGGGACCCCCCCGUGCUGCUGGAGCACAACUACGCCAUGCCGGCGCGGGCGGGGCCCCCCAAAACGCCGCCGGCCGCGCCCCGCCGGCCCGCCCCGUGCCUGGAGGAGGUGCUGGAGGGCCCCCGAGGAGGUGGUGGCCGAGCUGCCCCCGCCCGGCGUCACCGAGAGGGACGCGGGGGCCCCCCCCGGCCCCGCCGACGGCGCCGCCGCGGCGCAAGCGGCACCGGCCGCCGCCGCCCUCGUCCUCGAGCGACAGCGACGGCGGCGACAGCGACGGCGACAGCGACGACAGCGGCGCCGCCCGGCGCUGGCUGCGGCCCCCGCGGCGCCGCCGCGCCCACCGCCUUCGCGCCGCGCAGCGAGUUCGAGCAGAUGACCAUCCUGUACGACAUCUGGAGCGCCGGGCUGGACGCCGAGGACGCGCGCUUCCUGCGCCUCACCUACGAGCGGCUGCUGCAGCAGGACGGCGCCGCGCACUGGCUCAACGACACCCACUGGGUGCCCCACACUGUGACGAGGACGAGCAGCCCGCGGCGCCGGCGCCGGUGGCCGGAGUGCCGGGAGCACCGCACGGGCAGCGCCCGCAGCGAGGGCUACUACCCCAUCAGCCGGCGCGAGAAGGCGCGCUACCUGCGGCCCUGCCCCGCGCCCCGCCCCGACCCCGAUGCCGCCGACACCCAGGGCCCGAACCGCGUGCUGUCGGAGCGACGCUCGGAGCAGCGCCGGCUGCUCAGCGCCAUCGGCUCGGCCGCGCUGCCGGACAGCGACCUGCUCAAGCUCAACCAGCUCAAGUUCCGGAAGAAGCGGCUCCGCUUCGGCCGCAGCCGGAUCCACGAGUGGGGCCUGUUCGCCAUGGAGCCGAUCGCGGCCGACGAGAUGGUCAUCGAGUACGUGGGGCAGAACAUCCGCCAGGUGGUGGCCGACAUGCGGGAGAAGCGCUACGCCCAGGAGGGCAUCGGCAGCAGUUACCUGUUCCGCGUGGACCACGACACCAUCAUCGACGCCACCAAGUGCGGCAACCUGGCGCGCUUCAUCAACCACUGCUGCACGCCCAACUGCUACGCCAAGGUCAUCACCAUCGAGGCGCAGAAGAAGAUCGUCAUCUACUCGAAGCAGGCCAUCGGCGUCAACGAGGAGAUCACCUACGACUACAAGUUCCCCAUCGAGGACACCAAGAUCCCGUGCCUGUGCCGCACCGAGAGCUGCCGCGGCACCCUCAACUAGCCCAGCGGGGCCGGCCGGUGGCCGGGCCGGCCGGGCGGGGAAGGGCGGCGCGGUUGGGGUUUGGUCGCUGACGUUGGCCCGGCUCAUCCGCACUUGGGUUUUGGCCGCCGUGGUUGGUGUUCAGUUGCCACGAUCGGCCUUUGGUCGCCAGGGUUGACGUUUGGCUACCAGCGUUGGCUUUUGGCCGCCGUGGUUGGUGUUCAGUUGCCACGAUCAGCCUUUGGUCGCCAGGGUUGACGUUUGGCUACCAGCGUUGGCUUUUGGCCGCCGUGGUUGGUGUUUGGGUGCUGCAGUCGACGUGAGGGGCCACCGCUGAUGCGAGGAUGGCCCGGGUUUGACGUCUGGCCACCAGGAUUAGUGUUUGGCCACCAGGGUUGACCUGAGGAGCCACCACUGACACGAGGAAGCCGGGGGUUGGCCUUUGGCCGCCGCGGUCGACGCGUGGCCGUCGCCGUUGGACGCGAGGACGCUGUGGGUGGCCAGAGAGGCCACCGUGGGUGACCUUUGGCCAUGGCUCUUGACCUCGCGAUGACAUCGUUGACGUCGCCGCCGUGGCGCCGGCCAUGACGCCGUGGCCGAUGUGACAUCGCCGCCCCUCCCCCCACCACGCAGCGCCCGCCGUGACGUCACCGCGACGUCACUGUGACGUCACCCGCGCCACCCCCUUCCCCCCCCCCCCCCACGAAAAAGGCUCUUUUUCUCCCUUUUUUUUGGCUGUUUCUUGUAGAAACUCGGGGCAUGUCUGGGGGGGGGGUGGGACCCUGCUGAGGGGAGGGGGGGGGGAUGUGAGGGGGGUCUGCCCCUCCCCCCAGCCCCUCCCCCGGCUCUGUAAAUACCCCCGGGGGGUGUAAAUACCUGUACAUGCCCCUCCCCCAUGUACAUAUGUUGAUACGGGGGGGCCCCCGAGCCCCCCCUUUUUAUAAAGUGGCCACUGAGCUUUG